CGCCAGUGGAUGCGCGUCCAGUUCGUCGACGAGCCGGGCAUCGACGUCGGCGGCAUCGAGCGCGAGUGGUUCGGCCUCGCGUCCGAGGCCGUCUUCGACCCCGCCGUCGGCGUCUUCCGCCAGGCCGCGGGCGACGGCGGCCUCGUCUUCGACGCGUCGGCGUCGCUGCCGGCCAAGCUCGGCGGCCACCCGCGCGCGCGGGAGCUCUACGAGUUCGCGGGGCGCCUGCUGGCCAAGGCCCUCGUCGAGCGCAUUCCGGUCGCGGCGCCCCUGAGCCUGCCGCUCUACAAGCAGCUCGUCGGCGCGCCCCUGGAGUACGACGACCUCGAGUGCCUCGACCCGGAUUUGUGCCGCAACCUCGACUGGCUUUUACAUAAUGACGGCGUCGACGCGUUGGACCUCGACUUCUCCGCGCGCGACGUCGACGCCGUGUCCUACGUCCUCGACACGAACGUGGCCAUCCGCGAGCUCUGCGAGCGCGGCCGCGACGUCAAGGUCACGGACCGCAACAAGCGGACUUACGUGGAAGCGCUCUGGCGGCACCACGUCCUCGAGGCGCACAAGGACGCGACGUGGCAUCUGGCCAAGGGCGUCUACUCCGUGCUCCCGCCGGACCUGCUCGCCGUCUUCGACGCCUACGAGCUCGAGCUGCUCAUGUGCGGCUCGCCGACGAUCGACGUCGCCGACUGGGCCAAGCACACGGAGUACGCGGGCGAGUACCGGCGCCGCGGCGACCGGCACGCCGUCAUCGCCUGGUUCUGGAAGGCCGUGGCCAAGCUCGACGACGCCGACCGCUCCAAGCUCCUCCAGUUCUGCACGGGCUCGAGCCGCGUGCCCUGCCACGGCUUCCGCGCGCUCCAGCGCAACGACGGCAAGUACCAGCGCUUCUGCAUCCAGUCGCUCCCGCGCAACGAGCUCCGCUUCCCGCGCGCGCACACGUGCUUCAACCGCAUCGACCUCCCCCUCUACUCCUCCUACGCCGAGCUCGAGGCCGGCCUCAAGGUCCUCAUCGCCAUGGACGCGACGGGCUUCACCAUGGACUAG